CUUUAAAAACGUAAGGGAAACAAACUCUCUGUCUCUCUCUCUAUUUCAUUUUCCCUCCUUUUCUCUCACUUUCUUUCUCUAGGGUUCAUCUUAUUUUCUCGCCUCCCAAACAGAGAAAUCAAUACGAAAACGAAAUGAGUAACGACAAGGACAACUUCGACUUGGCCGAUCUCGGCUCCUCUCUCCCCGCCGCCGCUGCCGCUCUUAGUGCAGAGGAACGUGCCGGUCUUGUUAAUGCGUUAAAGGAUAAGCUUCAGACUUUGGCAGCUGGGCACUCAGAUAUCCUAGAAACUCUGUCACCCAAAGUCAGGAAGCGCGUUGAGGUUCUGAGAGAGAUUCAGAACCAGCAUAAUGAGCUGGAGGCAAAAUUUUUUGAGGAGAGAGCGGCAUUGGAAGCUAAGUACCAGAAGCUUUAUGAACCACUUUACACAAAGAGACACGAGAUUGUGAAUGGUGUAGUUGAAGUAGAAGGAGUUACAAGUGAAGCUGGUGUGGACCAAGAAGAGGACAAAGCCACAGAAGAAAAAGGAGUGCCUGACUUCUGGGUUACAGCAAUGAAGACUAAUGAAAUACUAGCCGGGGAGAUCACGGAGCGUGAUGAAGAGGCUCUUAAGUUCCUCAAAGAUAUCAAAUGGUGUAGAAUUGAUGACCCAAAGGGUUUUAAGCUGGAAUUCUUCUUUGAUACUAAUCCGUUUUUCAAGAAUUCUGUCCUUACAAAAACAUAUCACAUGAUUGAUGAAGAUGAUCCUAUAUUGGAGAAAGCAAUUGGGACGGAGAUUGAAUGGUAUCCUGGGAAAAGCUUGACGCAUAAGAUCUUGAAGAAGAAACCAAAAAAGGGAUCCAAGAAUGCCAAACCCAUCACAAAAACUGAGAAUUGUCCAAGCUUCUUUAGCUUUUUUAGCCCUCCACAGGUCCCUGAGGAUGAUGAUGAUAUUGAUGAAGAUAUUGCUGAAGAACUUCAAAGUCAAAUGGAACAAGACUACGACAUUGGAUCAACAAUUCGGGACAAAAUCAUACCUCAUGCAGUGUCUUGGUUCACUGGGGAGGCUGUACAGGAGGAUGAAUUUGACGAUAUAGGAGAUGAUGAGGACGAUGAGGAUGGUGAUAAUGAAGAUGAAGAUGAUGAAGAUGAGGAUGACGAUGAAGAUGAGGAGGAUGAUGACGAUGAGGAAGAGGAAGAGGAAGAGAAAGGCAAGGGCAGGAAGAAGUCAUCUGCUGGACCCAAGAAAAGUGGAAGGGCAAAAACUGGGGAAGGUCAGCCAGGUGAGCGCCCUCCUGAAUGCAAACAACAGUAGUGUUAUUUUCUUUUCUUGUUAUUCUUUUUGUACUUCUCCUUUAAGAGGCUUCUGUUGGGUCUCUUGGUGGUUUAUUACUCAAAAUAGUAUAUGUAAAAUGCACUAUACAGUCUAUACUCUCAAUUGAUGUCGUUUGUCAAUGAUUACGGACUAUUUGUACAA